GCGAGUACAUUUCAAACGAAUCUGUUUCUGAUUUGUGACUGCGUUGUGUCUAAAAUGCCGGCGAAACAACUGAUGCUGUUGAUCUUUGUUCAUGGCGUUCUGUCAUUUAAUUUAGAUGAGCAGCAUGCCGUAACAUUUCCAUCAGAUGCACAGACUGUUAUUUCCAGUGACUCCAGCUAUUUUGGAUAUGCUGUGGCUUUUCGUUCGGCAGACACUUCGAAAACGUUGUUGGUGUCGGCGCCACGGUAUGGUGGCACGGGCGCUGUCUUCGCGUGCUCAUUGGAAGACCUUCAGUGCGACCCCAUCGUCAUUUCUAAUCUCACAGUUGAGCAGGAACGGGACAUACUGAAAGACGACGCUUGGAUUGGCAGUGCCGUGGAUGUUCAACGGUCCGGGAAAGGAAUUGUGGUGUGCGGCAGCCUGCUGUCGAGCAACCACUCGCACAACAACCGCUGGGUGAACGGCGGCUGCUACUGGAAGCCCGACGCGGACGCCGAACGCGCAGACCUGCUCGUGCCGCUCACGGAUGGUGAUCACCUUGGACACAGUGUGUCUGGGAGUUCUACUCACGCCUAUUACGCCAACGGUCAAGCGGGCGUUUCCGUACUCAUUACGCAGGAAGGACAAGAACUAGUUAUAGGUGCUCCAGGAUUCGACUUGUCUGUAGGAACCAUUCUGCGGUACCGUAUAGAUGAGAAUGGCAACCUAGACGAUGGAAUAAUUGCAGGAAUUCAACCUUGUCAAGAGAAAGGAAUACUGGGCAACGAAUAUGGAGGGUAUGCGGUGGCAUCUGGCAGAUUCAUGUGCGGCUCCUCCAUUGUCUACGCUGUGGGAGCUCCACGAGCAGCCAUGUAUAGGGGACAGGUGUGGCUGGCGGCAGAGGGCCCGCUGGACGUGGAGACGGGCGUGUCGUACUCGCGCUUGGCGGCGGGCAGCGGCGGCCCCAAAUCAGCCUACUUCAGUGAAGUCUGCGACAAACUGGAAACACCUACUGGAGAACGAGAAAUUUAUCGACUGGUGAAGCAGCGCCAUAAACAAACUGUAGACAUUGAAAAAUUCUCUGGAAUCAAUGAUGAAGAAGGCAAACUUAUCACCAACAGAAAGAAAGUAGCAGAGCGAUGGAGAAAAUACUUUGAGGAAGUUUGCAGUGAGAAGUUUCCAUAUGCUCCAAUUCCAGUGUUAACUCCAGUAGAGGGACCUACUGCAGCAGUCACCAAGGAUGAGGUUGUCGAAGGUCCCAACCUGCGUUCAUCGGCGGUGACGCUGGAGGGGGACGGCACACCGCGCUCCCAGUUUGGCACGUCUGUCGCCGCCGUGGGAGACAUCGAUGGCGACGGCUUCCAAGGUUAG